AUGGAAGAUUAUCGAAAUGAAGGACCGCAAGGGCUCGAGGAUCGACUCCGGGGGCUGAUCCUUGUCAACCAGGUGUCUCCAAGCACCGGAUCGGAUCGAGGACCUGACAUGUCGAGCCUCGCAUCUGAAAAGACAUCUGGUACACCUUCCUACUCGCGUUCUGUCCCUUCGUCUGAGCGGGUUUCGAAAACUUCGCCAGCUCCAGGCGCCCGGAAUGAUAUACAGCCUUCCAGAACUGGCAGAAGACGGCCAAACCAGGCCCAAAGACGCCAGAUGAGUUCUGAACUCUCUAUUGCCUUGAGUUCACAGUGGCAGUCUUUGAAUCAAAACUCUGUGCUGCCUGCCGCAAGCUAUAACAGCCCCUCAUUCCACCGUCCAGGCGUAGACGGAGGCAUCUACAGCUUGUCUGCGACUAGCGGAUUAAGGCAGCCGGAGCCGGCCAUUCGCCCAGAGCCGAGACCGAGAAAUACAGAAGUCAACAAUUGCACUACUCCCCAGUUCUCGGGAUCAUCGGAGUUCUGCCGGUCUCAAGCUGACCGUUCUCAGAUGUCUAGCUGGCAUCAACAAUCUUUCCCUCCUCAGAGCCCCCGAAACAUUCAAGCUCAACACCACAUCAGUCGUCGACAGUAUUUCAACCGGGAAGAUGUCAUAACUCAAGCUGCCUUACUUGACAGCCUUUGCUUCCAAGUGGUUCGCAAUUCUGAGAUAGAAAGAGAUGAAAUUGCCCAAAAAGAGUCUUUCAGACAAAAGGUUGAACGUAUCUGCCAAGAGACAAUUUCUGAUUUUGAACAGAACACGUUGGGUUCGCCGCAUUUUCCGAGUUUGUCUGUUGAGCUUAAAUGCUUCGGAAGUUUGUCAUCUGGAUUCGCCACAAAAGCCUCAGACAUGGACUUGGGACUAUUUUCCCCGUUUUCUAGUAUGCAGCCAGACGCUCCAGGAUCAGCUAUACCUCGAAUGCUGGAGAAAGCAUUCCUAGAUGUCGGAUUCGGUGCCAGAUUGCUCAGUCGCACAAGGGUGCCAAUUAUCAAGCUGUGUGAGAAACCGCCAGAAGAACUUCGUCACGCAUUGCUUUUGGAACGGUUGAAGUGGGAAAACGGUGUAGGGAAUGCCGACGCUUCAGAGGACCAAGAAGAAUAUGAACCCGACUCAAGAUCUAACGAGACUGCUGGCAACAUUACGAUGGGCGACCAUGAAGUUAAGGCUGCUCCAGCGUCCGAGUUUGGACUUCCUGCCAGGGGCGAUGGCCGAGAAUAUCAACGCUUGCAGUUGAAACAAAAUUCUCAAAGCUCACUUCAAUCGUAUUAUGCAUUGGCUAAGAGGGUUUUGAGAAGAGCUGGAGCCCGUGAUGUUACAGCAUCCAAUUAUCGUGAGCUUUCUGAUAUGGAGUGGGCGACUCUUAGUGAGGUCUGUCAAGCGUUUGUGCGCGGAUUACGCGACGCUGAGCUUCGACGCCGAUUGGAGUCCUGUUCCUCCUUGUCAUUUGGGACCCCUUGGUCAGCGACAAGCCAUCGGUCUCUUUCUGGAAUUUAUGUACAGGCAGAGGGCGAGCAAACUUGUUUGGCAUGGGACAAUUGGUCUUCGAAAACGUCCAUAUGUGAUCCCAAUGAGCAGGUUACGGAAGCCAUGAGUGCGUGGAGGGAUGUCCAGCAUAGAACGGAUUUUGGAACGGAUCCGCUUACAUUUAACCGAGACUUAAAUUCUGCAUUCGAGAAGAUGAAGCGGCUGCCACUAAUCCAACUGUGUCGAUUGGAGCAAGACGUACAUGAACCCGCAGCACAGUAUCAUCUGCGAGCACAAGGGAUCGUGGGUAGCCUUGCCAAAUUGGAAACGAACAUGUCAGAUUUGGCACUGAAGGCCGUUGCCUUGCGGUACAUUACAGGAAUCAAUGACGACAGGCUUCGUCAGGAUAUGAUGUCUGCGGUGCAGGAGUCACAGCAUUCCAUGGGACUCGACGAACUAGGAAAGAAGCACGAAUGCCUCGAUCUUGCUUACGAACUCGAAAAAGCCGUUGCCAACAAUCUGUAUGACGAUAAUUUUGUUUCAGUCAUCAAAGACUACAUGGAAGUAUUGCGGACGCCACUAGUCAAGGUUACUCGGGAUCAGCAAGUUGCGAGAUUUGCUAUUCCAGUAACUCCAGCUGUAUUUUCAUUGCUCUCCUCUAUGCGACAACUUCAGGAUCCUCGAAAGUUGGCGGUCAAACGGCCAAGGGACAGAUACCAAGAUGCCCUGGAGUUCCCAUCUGGUGGAGUUGGCGUUCAAUGUGACAUCAAUUUCUCGGCCCACCUUGCUCUCCAAAAUACUUUGCUUCUCCGUUGCUACUCCCUUACAGACACUCGAGUUCGACCCAUGGUCUUGUUCGUCAAGAGAUGGGCUAAAGUUCGGGGGAUAAAUUCUGGGUACCGCGGCACACUGGGAAGCUAUGGCUAUGUUUUGAUGGUGUUACACUAUCUUGUCAACAUUGCAAAGCCGUUCGUUUGCCCCAAUCUCCAGCAACUUGCCCCUUCCAUAUCUUCACCUUGGCCCCGUCCUAGCAACCUGGACAUGCCAAUGUGCCAGGGAUACAAUGUUGAGUUCUGGAGCAGUGAGAGCGAAAUAAUGCAUCUUGCAAACAGCCAUCAACUUAACCAAAACACCGAAAGUAUUGGCCAGCUCCUUCGAGGCUUUUUCGAAUACUUUGCUCAAAACGGACCAUUGAGCCGUGGGUUUGGCAAGGGAUUCGAUUGGGGAAGGGACGUCCUUAGCCUUCGUACCUUCGGUGGCCUGGUGACAAAGCAAGAAAAAGGCUGGACCGGGGCUAAGACGGUAUAUGAAUCUCAAAAUCCCAUGGGCAAAGGUUUAGUGAAUCAUUGCAGGGAAGAACCCUCUUCAUUAAAGUCCACGUGUUCAGACUCAGUCAGGCCGAAUAAGCCCCGUUCUUGGGUGACGAGUGAAAAAGGCAUGCAGGGGAGAGAAGUCAGGCACAGGUAUUUAUUUGCCAUUGAGGACCCUUUCGAAUUAGACCAUAAUGUCGCUCGAACCGUCACACACAAUGGUAUUGUGUCAAUCCGCGACGAAUUCAGACGAGCUUGGCGGCUUAUUCGGACAGCUGGGAGCGGGGGCUGGAGCGAGCCCUUGCUGGAGGAAACCAGUGAAGCAACAAACGACCAGCAAAGCUUCAUAAAACUCGUGGAAGAUAUACAUGGACCCCAGGACCAGUGGGUGCAAGCCCAGCCUUGA